AUGGAGUUCGGCGUGCAGAAGCCCUUCGUAUGGUCCGGGCAGACGCCUCGCUUCGCAGUCACGGCGAUGCCCGCCACGGCCGUGACGAGUGUCGCCAGAACGCGGAAAUGCAGGCGCCGCGAAGAGAGCGGCCACCAGUACCACCCGCGGGCCGGCCGGCCUGGCGGCACGGCGUCGAUGCGCGGCCGCACGAGCACGUCCAUGGGGGGACAGCUUCUCGCCCCGCAGCGAGAUGUCGCCGAUGGCGAUCCACACCACGACGAGGGCCAAGAUGAGCUCCGUGUCCGCGUGCCAGAGCCAGCGGAUCUCGUGCGCUACCCGCCGGUACACAACGGACGGGCUCCAAGGGCGCUGUGUCGGACCGGUUGGCUUUGGCGGUUUGGAAUACGGAAUGUGCCUGAGCCCGGCGAUUACGGCGGCAAGCAGGCCCAGAUGCCAUGCGGCGAGGACCCCCCACCCAUAGUAUCCCGAGACGGCAACCUCGGGGUCGAGGAGGGGCUCGAAGUCUGGAGAGGCUGGCUCAGUGAAGUUGGAGCCCUGGUAUGUCCAAGUGUAGUCGGGGCACCCGAGGCACGCGCGAGCACACUCGGGGUAUGCAUUGUAGUGAGGGUCAAUCUGUGCGGCGCCAUCGCACUGCAAGGACCCGAAGGUCCAGGGGAAUUCGACUAUCAUGCUGAAGUCUCGGAAGGGACCGGCGAUUGGGGCCGUUGUGACGAGUCGAUGUGCUGCUCCGGCAAGGUACAUGUAUCCGAAGGAGUUGGUUACCCCUACCGAGUUAACCUCCUCGUCCGGGCGUCGGCUGCGAGCCUUCCGGUUCCCCUCUUUCAACGGUCGGUUCCUCGCAAUCCGGCGCCCGGCGCCCGGCGCUCGAGCAUGCAAACACCAAAAACACGGCCGGAAAACGUGUCGUUGGGGCCCGAGUCCGAUUCCCAGCCGACAGCAACCCAAGACCGGGCCAAGCUUCGGGAGGUUGUUGCCAAGCUCAUGGGUGCUGUGCAAGAAGAGGAUUGGCUCACUCACACUCGUGCUCAUCCCAUUUGCGGCUUGGUGCGAGGCGCAAGGCGGCUUGGCGGCACUGCCACGAUUGGGCAACCUGCCUGCUAA